GCUCGCGCGAGUUAAUUUUGAGCGUUGUUUGAGGACAAAGUUCUUCACAUACUAAACGAUGUUGCAAACUGUUGCAGAAGUUGUAAUUUAUGUCAGGUAGAAGGUUUUAAUUUAACAUACUUAUUUCUGGAUUCCAUGCAAAAUGUAUAAUGGGAGCCGAUUAGAUUCUGGAAACAAUAUUCUUCCUGUGUAACGUCAAUUUAGUUUGGAUAUAAACGAAAACAAAGACAAGAUGUCUUCAGAGCAUGUGCAUUGGUUCUGUGGAAUAAACACAACGUUGGUCCAGGAAGCUGAUUUCAUCAAUAGCACGUGCAAGGUGAACGGGACCAUCGUCGCAUCUCAAUUUGCAUUCAGCAUCAUCUUCAUCAUCACACCCAUAUUCCUGAAAUGCUUCACGUCAUACGGCAAGCUCCCGCCAUCUCCAUAUGUAUUCCGACUGCCAGGCCAUUCAUUGAGAUGGAUCCUUACCUUUGUAUACAUUGUACUUGCCAUGGCCAUGAUUGGGGAGGGAAUACUCACCAACAACAGCUACAUCUCCUAUGAGUUGCCAGGACAACCGCAUCUCUACGUACCCGGUAUAAUUACGAUUGUUGCGGUAGUUUCAUCAUUGGUCUACUAUCACAUGAUGGAGAAGUGGAGGGCUAGGUCAAUGAUUUGGUUUCUCCUGGUGUACUGGAUGUGGUCGAUCAUUAUUUUUGUCAUGAGAUUAGUACAACUCAGCCUUGAAGGCCUCAACGACUGGCAGAUCUGUGUCUACGACAUCACCUUAGUUGUGGUUGUUCUUAUAGGAGCUCUGUUUUUAAAUGAACUCACACUCUUCUACAUCUUGGCCUGCCAUGGAUGUGGUGAUCCUCUGAACGCUCCCAAACACAAGGACACCCAGACGGCAUUCAUGAAAUAUCGCCAUAAAUAUUCAACACUCCUGUCAUCCGUAACCUUUUGGUGGAUGAAUUGGUUGUUCAUCUUAGGUUACAAGAAGACUAUCGAGCCUUCCGACCUUGGCAACAUCCCAGAGGUCCACACGUCAGAGUACAACCAUUAUCUUUUCAAGAAAAACUUUGAGAAAGAAAAGGAACGGGCAGCGAGAAGCGGGAGAGAAAUCAGUCUAUAUCGAGUUUACUUGGAUACGUAUUCAAUAAAGAUGGUCACUGGAGGAUUGUUCAAACUUGCUGCAGACUGCUCUAAUUAUGUAGGACCACUGUGUAUCAGUGCUAUUAUUAUCUACGCAACCAACAAGAUUGAUGGGACACUCGAAGACGAUAAGGCUUUGCCCUCUUAUACAACCGUGGGUGAAUUUUUCUCCAAUGGAUAUGUCUUGGUAGGAUGUAUUUUCGUUUCCGCCGUGAUGAAAGGAAUAUUCGAUCAGUGUUACCAGUAUAUAUGUUUCAUGGAAGGUCUUCAUGUAAAGUCUGCUAUUCAGAGUAUGGUGUAUGAAAAGUCCCUUCGCCUGUCGACGUAUGCGAUGUCGGGUGGGAUGAUGACCAUGGGACAGGUCACCAAUCACAUGUCACUCGAUGCCACCAAUGUCCAACAAUUCUUCAACUGGGCUAAUGAGUUAUGGACAAUCCCAAUAAAGUUCGCUGUAACCUUGUAUCUUCUGUAUCUUGAGCUUGGAGUACCGUCAUUGAUCGGUGCUGCACUCCUUGUCUGUGUACUUCCGGUUCAACUCAUUUUUGCCGGCUUCACGUCCAAGUAUAUCAAGCAAGUGUUGCUCAACUCUGAUCAGCGAAUGAAAUACUCCAAUGAGAUGCUCCAGGGAAUCAAAAUUCUCAAGCUAUACGGAUGGGAGCGCAUCUAUUGCAAACUGGUCCAAGCAGAAAGAGCCAGGGAGAUGAGGGAAUUGGCCAAAGUGUACUUCAUCCAGGCAUGGAAUUUUGUCAUCAACAUUGGAAUUCCUACAAUGGUGAACCUUGUGUCUUUUAGUACUUACACAGCCUUAACUGGCCAGCCACUGAGCCCAGACAUCGCCUUCUCCUCCCUGUAUCUCUUCAAUUCUCUCAUCGACCCAAUGUUCAUUUUCCCAUACGUGAUCAGUCUUGGUGUCAACUCUCACAUCAGCACAAAAAGAAUCAAAUUCUUCCUAGUCGCACCAGAGAUCGAGGGGAAAGCGUCGCUGGAACAAAACUCCGAUACGCACGAGGUUCUGUUUGAUUCUGGGUCAAAAAAAAGCAACGGUUUCAUGUCGUCCGCAGAGGAGGAGUUAGAUUCCACCACGCCCACUCCUUUGAUUGAUGGGCGUGGCAAUAAGAAGAUGUACGGUGCCAUGGAUAAUUCUUUGUUACCCGCAAAAAAUGAACUUCCAAGUGAUGUUGCUAUUAGGAUAAAAGAUGGAUGUUUUACAUGGGACCCCGAAUCUCCCGAAGCCAUUUUAAAAGACAUCAAUGUUGACAUACCAGCAGGUAAAUUGACGAUCAUCGUGGGGACAGUUGGGAGUGGCAAAUCAUCCAUUUUGCAAGCAGUUCUCGGAGAGAUGACGACCCUACAAGGGCGAAUACAAAUAAGUAAAGGAUCCAAAGUGGCAUAUGGCCCUCAGAAGGCAUGGCUUGUCAACGCUUCUCUCAGAGAAAACAUCCUCUUCGGAGAGAGUUAUGAUCCAAUAAGGUACCGAAAGGUAGUUGAAGCCUGUGCAUUAUCUCCAGAUAUUGACAUGUUGCCGGCGGGUGAUAGAACAGAGAUUGGAGAGAAAGGGCUCAAUUUGAGCGGUGGUCAGAAACAACGCGUUAGCGUAGCAAGGACUAUGUACUCGGGGAGAAAUAUUGUCAUACUGGACGACCCUUUGUCGGCACUAGAUAUGCAUGUUGGGAGUCAUCUCUUUGAACAUGGAAUCUUAAAGAUCUUAAAGAAACAACAGAGGACUGUAAUACUCGUUACACAUCAGCUACAGUAUCUACCAGAGGCUGACAAGAUCAUCAUCAUGAAAAAUGGGUCAAUCUUUAGAGACGGUGAUCCGGAUGAGAUAGCCCGUGCUGACCCCAGUUUGAUGAGGGAUUGGCAACAAGCCAUCAAGCAGAUGAGCGAGUCAGAAGCCGAGUUAUCCGGGGGAGAGUCAGAGGCGCUCCUCGAAGAAAGGCGGAUACUCAAGAGGCAAAUAUCCCAUCUCUCCAGCAUGUCUACCAAUGAAGCCUCCUCAGCGCACGACGCCGAAGAUGAUGAGCGGGGACGUCUAAUUAUUACAGAGGAUCAAGAAAAGGGCUCCGUCUCUUAUGACAUCUAUCUCUACUACAUUAAAGCCAUCGGAUAUGGAGUAACACUGCUUGUAGCCCUUGGUGCAUUCGGUGGUGCAGGUGUAGAAAUAGGUACUAAUUUCUGGUUGGCUACAUGGUCAGAGGCCAGUCUGAACACCAACGAUACGCAGGAAGCGAUUGAUGACGCUAGCUACUACAUCAAAAUCUACGGUAUCUUGUCUGCUUUCAAUGUGCUCUUCAGAAUGAUGUACGUCGCCUUCAUCUGCUUUGGAAUAUACUUUGCCGCCAAAAAGCUCCACCAUCAGAUGCUUAUCAACAUAAUAUCAGUACCACUUAGGUUCUUUGAUACGACGCCAACCGGGAGAAUUCUGAACCGUUUAUCAAGUGACACACAGCUAAUUGACCAACGACUUGUGCAAUCGAUGCGUCUCUUUGUCAAUAUCUCCGUAGUGCUACUGUCAGCAUUCGUGAUCAUCAUUGCCGUCAACAUCUACUUUAUAUUAUUCGUUAUUCCUAUCGUCAUCGUCUUCGUCAUUUUGAUGAUAUUCUACGUAGUUACAACAAGAGAGCUUCAGCGAUGUGAGAGUGUCACCCGGUCACCAAUUUUCGCGCAUUUCUCCGAGACACUGGGUGGAUUGCCUACCCUUAGAGCAUUUAAGGAUGAAAAACGAUUCUUCCAAACAGCAUUGGAUCGUAUCCUCACCAACAACAGAGUAUUUACAUAUCUCAUAACAGCUCAACGAUGGGUCGGAAUCAGACUAGAUAUGUUGGGUGCGGUUGUGGUUCUUUUUUCAAGUUUGCUUUGUCUCCUUGGAGCUUUCUAUUUCGGCAUCGAUGUAAGCUUAAUGGGACUCGCAAUAUCAUACUCACUUGAGAUAUCACUUUUCAUGAACUUGUCUGUAAAAGCCGCAGCCGAAGUUGAACUUCAGAUGAAUGCUGUAGAACGAGUAAAGUACUACGCGGAACUCUCGACCGAAGAUUACAGCGGUACUGAACCUCCCUCUACCUGGCCUGAUAAAGGUCUCAUUAAAAUGGAUAACAUUAGCGUUCGCUACGCUCAAGAUCUUGAUGCAGUCCUUACUGAUGUAAAUCUAACGAUACCAGAUCAAAAUAAGCUUGGUAUUUGUGGCAGGACUGGAAGUGGUAAAUCGUCUCUGACACUAGCACUCUUUCGUAUUAUUGACACUUUCAAAGGUCGUAUCAUCAUUGACGGGAUCGACAUCGCUACCGUACCUCUUCUUACACUUCGUCAACGUAUCUCCAUCAUUCCUCAAGAUGCAUUCCUCUUCACUGGAACUAUCAGGAGCAACCUCGACCCCACGAAUGAUAAGUGUGAUGAACAAUUAUGGAAGGCUCUAGAGAUAGCCCAACUAAAAGAUAUUGUUACACAACUUGGCAUGGGAUUAGAUUACCAGGUGACUGAAGGAGGUGAUAACUUUAGCGUUGGACAGCGUCAACUCUUUUGCCUCGCCAGAGCUUUCCUGAGAAAUUCUAAGAUUGUUGUAAUGGAUGAAGCUACGGCAUCGAUUGAUCAAGAAACAGAUUUGAUAUUACAAGAUGUUGUGGCAGAUGUCUUUCAAGAUAGGACCGUCUUGACCAUUGCUCAUCGAGUAUCGACUAUCAUGAAUGCUGAUUCCAUAUUGACGCUGCAGGAUGGAAAGGUAAUCGAGUACGACUCACCAGGCAAACUUCUUGAAGAAGACACUGGCAUGUUUGCUUCUCUCGUCAAGGCUGGGAAGUAAUGAGAGAGUCUUGCACAAGGUGAAGCAACGUGAAGCGACUGGAGGCACCCCAUUCGACACCCGUUUAACACACAAGUGAAAUGAAGAUGGCAAAAGGAAUAGAGUUUACAUAGAAAUUCAUGACUGUUCACUAACUUGCAGCCUUCAGUCACUUUGAAACACGAAUAUUGGGUGCCCCCUUUUCCAUGGAAUUGCACAUUAUUGAAGCUAUAAGCCAGUAUGAAGUUAUGAACUUACGAAGGUUGCAAUUAAAAUUUAGACUCCAUGAUCAUUAUAGUCUAGAGUUAUAGAAAUGGUGGAGCUGAAACAUGAUUAGAAUAGUUGUCUGAAAUGUCUGAAAUUUGGCUAGAUAAGUUUAUUAUUCAUUAUGUAUAUCUUUAAGUCUGAGAAAAAUAGGUACAUGACUGCCUGCACUCAAUCUCAAAGAUUUGGUUGCUGUGUCGAUUUCUGUCGCCAAAUUGAAAAUGCAGUACAAUAAUUAGCUUCACUGAAUAACAAUAAAAGUUUGAAAAUAAAGCACCCUUUUGCAAUACAACGCAAAAUUCAUCUUUAUGAUAAAAGGAUCACAUGUGGGAAAAGUGUUCAUGAUAUUAUAAAGUAAAACACUGGUGCUAACUCACAGGAGCCAUCGGGGCUGGGGGUAUCUUUUCAAUAAACUUGUAAAAAUUACCAUCUGAUAAUGAUUUUGUUCGUGGUCAGCUCCCCCCCCCCCUUCAAAAUCAUUCCGUGGCUAGUGCCACACACUCCUCCUUGAGUAUAAGUGUGACUGUGAGAUGUAAAUUAAAAAUCAAGGAGUCCUAAGACAUGGAGAACCAUCGAACACUUUCCCUUUAUAGCCAAUUCGAUGCCGCUAUGAUAAAAUAUGUUACCCCAUGUGUUUCACUGCAUAUUUCUUGCAGAUUGUAGACAAAAAAAAUGCCUGCCUAACUAGACUCACAGGCGAAAUACAAAAGGAAACAUGCUUUUUGUAAAGAUACUUUACGCUGCCCCUGGUCGGAUUAUAUGAGCAGACACAUUGCUCACAUUUACAGGGGACAGCAAAAAUAAAUGUUGCACUAUUUUUUAAAUAUGAUUUGAUAUUACUCGACUGGCCGCAUUUGGCCGCAGUUCUGACACAUAGCAUGUACAAAUAAGUAUAUUCCAACAAACUAAUAAUAAUGAUUUUAUAGGUUGGAAGUAUGUGGGAUUUGGUAAAAUGUUGCUUUAAAACAAUGUCAAAUUAUUAUGUUUUAUCACAUUUUAAAACUGUUAUCAUUCAAUAUUUCGCCCAAUGUCAGGACACAAUAAGCCUUUGAUGUAUAUUUCGUCAUGUGUUCAAUAUCUGUGUUUUGUGCUCAAAUAAAAUUGGAAAUAUCCCAGUUAUCUCAUUUCAACACAAAUCACUUUUCAGUUUUCGCUUGAGGUCGCCACCAAAGGCUAGAGUGCACCUGUGUAUUCUUUUGUACUUCUAUAAAAAUUGGAAAUUAUUAGCAUAUUGUUGUCUCUCCAUUCCUUUUACCUCCAUGCUUCUCCUCAGAAUCCCUGUUCUGUCUCUUCCUACCAACUCCACACCCUCUCACUUCCUCUCCCUAUCCACCGACCACCGCCCCUCUCCAUCGCCCCUCCCCCACCCACACACCUUCCUCACUCUCUCGGUCUAAGUCUCCAUUUACAUCCUAACAUAGACAUUGUUUGUUCAGUAAGACCAAGCAGACACGUGUAAAUGAAACACUGGAUAAUUUAGAAAAUACGCACAUGAGGUGAGCUUUAUUCAUAAAUAGCUUACUUUAAAAAAAUAAUAUUUACAAUGAAAAGAGCAUUUGCAUUAAAACUAAUUAUACGAAAUAUUUCAAAUAGCGUUUUCAGUAUUUCAGCGAAGAGGACAAAAAACAAAAACAUGAGGCGUCUCUAACUUAAACUGCGUGCAGUUACACUACUGAAGCCUUAAUGAAAGCUUUCAAAAACGUCAACAAGAUUUAUUGUGAAAUGUACUUGCCUGUUCACAAGACUAAUGAUUGACUGAAAUCAAGUAUAAAUAUCAAUAAAUAUUUUUCACCCACAUUUAGUUUGAGCCUAUAUCCUUAUCAACUUAUUUUAAUCAAAUGCAUUACAUAUACAACUUUUACAGGUACAUGAUUAUCUAUUCUCAUUCAGACUGGGGUAUAGACUUAUGUAGAAACGUAUGCUGAUGAAUAACCAAUAUUUUGGAUGUUUGUUUAUAGUCUGUUCCUGAAAUUUACCCUAAGUGACCGCCUUUAUUAUCCCAGUUUCAAGUCAGCGUGUGAAUAUUUGGUCUGACAUUAAUGAUAAACACUGCAAAUAUAGUUAACCUGCGUGCAAUGUCAAUAUCCGUUGUUCUGUAAUUUGUGAAAUGUACACAAAUAUUUCUUUAAAAUUUGUGUAUGUAUUAUUUUAUUAUUUUAUAUUUUAUCUACUUCAUUGAAAGUUUGCUGAGCAAAUCCAAUGUCUAAAAUUGUAAAUUUACUAAAUGACGCAUCAUUGUAAAGCUAAUCCUCGAUCAUCUGUUUUUACUUGUUAUUACAUUUUAAACAACCAAA